UUCAGGUAGACAUGUUCGACUAUUUUGAUAUUAAUGACAUAUUGUCAACACAGCAGAGAGUACCAUGCAAAGUAGAAAUGACAAUAUACCGAUUAGGUUAUCUUGACACAAGCUCCGAGUCUGAACAUUUACAACCUGGAACAAAGUUAGAGAUGCCGUAUUGGAUGGCCCGAGGUCUCUGUAGCAGUACGAGACACAUAGUGAGUGUGGACUUGCCUAAGCAGUACAAGGAAGGUUAUCGAGAGAUCUUCACGGCAGACCCAACAGUGGUCGACCUACACAAACUGGGACCAUACUUCUAUAACUACGGAAGUCAGCUCCUUAAAUUUGAACUCCCUGAAACACCUGAUGUAGCAAAGUCAUUAUUACAAACUUUCCAAGGCCGAUUAAGAAAGAUAAUGGACAGUUCACAGAAUUCAUACAAUGAAGACACAUCCAAACUAAUAGAGAAGCUUGACGAAUCAGAAAGGAUUUUAUUUAAAGAGGGACAGAAAGCUUUAAAUGACUUUCAGUGUUGGGAAACAAGGAAAACUGAGAAACUGACCACUUCUGAAAUGGUGAAAAAUCAUAGAAAGAGGAAAAGAGUGGUACUAGAGGAAUCUUAAUGGUCAAUGUAAAGGAAAUUUAUAUACAUUCUUGAUUGGAAAUGUUAUAUUAUUCGAUUUAUUGUUUAUAAUUUAAUGAGAAAUAUACUUAAUAAAGUGAUAA